ACGUGAUUAAAAUUAAUGGUGUUCGCAGUUAUUCGAUUUUGCACUGGAAGUACAUGAAAGUUAAUUAAAGUGUUGUGACCCAGCAUACAGCAUAGAAUUGUUUUAGUGUGUUGUUAAAUUUCAAAUCGAAUAACAUGGCAGAUGGAGUAGGCAUCGAUUUAGGCACUACGCAUUGUUGUCUAUUUGUGUACAAACAUGGUCGCAAUCCGCAAGUGGUUAAGAACAGAGCCGGCGACACCACCACGCCGUCUUGGGUCCGCCUGGAGCGGGAUGGGAUAGAUGUGGGCAAACAAGCCAAGCGACAGAGUCCGGACCACAGCCGCAACACUGUUCGGAAUGCGAAGCGCCUCAUUGGGCGCAGCUUCGAUGAUGCCGCCGUGACCAUGGAGCGUAGCCUGAUGCCCUUUUCAAUUAUUAACGACAACGGAUCCCCUGGGAUUCGGGUGGAACAAUACAAUGAAAGCGGUGAGGUCAUUUGGGCGAAGUUGACCCGUCCGGAAGAGAUCAGCGCCAAGAUGCUGGCGUAUCUGAAGGAGAUGGCUGAAACAUUCCUGGGCAAUGAAGUGACCACGGCGGUGGUGACGAUUCCGGCCAAUUUUAUAGAGACCCAACGCUCCGCCACGCUGACUGCCGCCCGCCUGGCCGGCUUCACCGAGGUCAGUCUGCUGAACGAACCGACAGCCGCCGCAAUUGCUUACGGCGGCGUGGUGGACGAGCAGUGCACCAUUCUGGUGUUCGAUUUCGGCGGUGGCACGCUGGACAUCAGCAUUAUGAAGGUGGAGGGCCGCAAUGAAUAUCGUGUCCUCAGCACCGACGGCGACAUGUACUUGGGCGGGGAGAACUUCGAUGUCGAGAUUGUCCAGCAUUUUCUGGAGGACAUUCGCCGCCGCCACAACAUCGAUUUGGCAAAAGAUAGCAAAUCCCUUGCGAAACUGAAACUGGUUGCCGAAGAGGCCAAGAUCGCGCUGUCCAGUCCGUACACACCCAUAUAUCGGGAUACUGUAUACAAACUGCAUGGAGAGUUCGACUACAACGUGGAGUUGACGAAAGCGACCUUUAACGGGAUGUUCGGCUUUCUGCUCGAGGAGAUCCUGGUCCCCCUGAAGAACGCCCUGGAAGCCGCUAAGCUGUCACCUGAGGAGAUCGAUAAGGUCAUACUGGUGGGCGGGAGCAGUCGGCUGCCGGCGGUCAAGGAGGCGCUGCAGGCGUUUUUCGGCCGAGAAGGAGUUGUAUGCGCGGAUGCCGAUCCGGACGAGGCUAUUGCUCGGGGCGCCGCCAUGCAGUCCUAUCGCAUCAAUAAUCGGCAGGCGGCGAACGUCCAGGAGGUCACAGCCUACCAUUACGGGCUGAAAGUUGUAGAGGAUUUGCAAGUGGGCAGCACGCGUAUCCGCGAAUUGAUUCCCCGCGGGAAAGUGUAUCCUACAAGUGUUACGAAAGCUUUCGUCACAGCUUACGAUAAUCAAGAUGAAGUGGACUUCGAAGUGUACCAGAGUAAACGCGGAUUCAGUCUGGACAAGUUUCGUAUUGGCCAUUUUGUUAUUCCUGAUCUGCCGCUGCGGAAGGCGGGAGAAUGCAUGUUUGAUGUGACGUACAGCAUCGAUGGGAAUAACAUCUUGCACGCAACGGCGGAAGGGAAAGACGAAAUAGCCCACUACAAAAAGAACAUCGAAAUCCGCCUGGAUAAUGUCGUUUAAUGGUUGCGAAUUGACGAGUUAACCAAUAGGUUUUAUCUUAUUUCUUUUGCUGCACGGACAUUGAGCCUGGGCACAUACUGUAACUGCGUAUGUAUAAUGGAAUCAAUUACUUUUUUUCUACGAACGUCCGUUAUUUUAAGUUUUCUCGUGUUUCGGAUAUUUCCUGUUUAGUUGCUUAAGUAUGUCUUAGU